UUUGGAUGAAAUAACACGUGAAAGUGAAAACAUCUGGACGAGUGCACAAGUAAAAUGAAAUGCUCUAGGUGUUCUAUGACAACAGUGUUUGACAACCAAGCAUUGAAGGUCAGAAUAAAUAUUUUGGGUUGCUAACUGCCCAAGACUAAUAUCAUAAGAGAUGAAGGGGAAGCAGUGUGUGCUCAAGCAGUACAGUAUGUACUUGUAUGUGUAAAAGUGUCUAAUACAAGUGCUGUGUUUCAAAUUAAUAAAGUUAUGUAUAACUAAAUGUCGACACACCAAUGUAUUUAAGAUCAUUUAUAAUCAUUGUGUCUAGCAGUCUAUGAAAUCUCAGUUAAAUCAUUAGUUCACUGUUGAUUUCUUGAAUCUGAUUGGUCAGUGGGUGUUGAUUAAUGUUCUAUAACAAAAGCUUUGAAAGUAUAGCCUUGCUGGGUUUAGGUUAAUGCACUCAACCUUAAACAUUAUCGUAUCUAUGGUUAGAACUGAUUAGUUAAUAAGAAUUUGUGGUAAGUGAAUAAUUGAUUGUAGCUGCUAAAACAUAACAGGAACCAACAUCAAAUGUAAUAAAUUAUGUGUAAUGUGUAAUUAUGGGAAAUUCCUGCUGUAUAAAAAGAAUAGAACACUUAAGGAUCUGCACUCUACAUGUGUUGGACCACCAGAUUGUGGAUUAUUAUUUUUAUAGCAGCAAACCCCCAUGUAUUUAAUGCCUUAUUUAAUGUAUUGUCCGUAUUUGGAAUUUUUUAUUAAUCAGUGCAGUUUGGUUUGAGUUUUUAGUUUUGUCCAAUGUACAUUUAAACUUCCAGAUUGUUCACUCAAUCCAAAUGGAAGGCUUGGACAGGCUCCGAGGCCAUAAAAAUGAAAAGCGACGAACAGAGAGAGAACGAGAGGCUCUUAGUUUGGGUGAGAAAGAGGGUGGAGAUGUACAGAAAAUGAUAGCACAGUUGUGUAUACUCAGGGAGCAAUAUAAACAGGAGAUGCUGGUGUGAUAAGGAAAUUAAGGGAAAGGGCGCAACUCAAAUAAGCACGGACUGAUGCCCAUAUAGACCACUGAUUUAAAAAGCUACUCAAACACAGCUACUGAAGAGUGGAGGACUAAACUGGUGGCUGAGGGUUAGCUUCAGGGCUUUAAAGCUACACAACAUUCUGGAGAGUGUUCAAGACAGGACAUAAUACAAAUAGAUUAUGCUUGCUUCUAAAAACAACAUGGACUGGACAUCUGAGUAAGCAGAUUUGAAUUUUGGAUCACGAUUUCUCUGAAAACGUCCAGAAACUGCUUAGGGUUGGAGGCUGGUAAGGCUUGAAUGCUUAUUUGAACACUUUUAACUGAGUUUUGGAUAGUGUCUAGAAGAAUUAAGCUAAUACUUGGAAGAUGUCUCAAGAUGAAACAAAGAAAAUUGUAUAGCUUCAAAAAGAGAAAAUAAUUGUUUGCUCCACUGGAAUCUGAAUGAAUCUGUAAAUAAAACUGAAAGCAACUCUGGCUUUUAAUAAAUACAAAUUAUUUAAACAUUUGUAGUAACCUUGCCAAGAAGCACCGAUGAAACAGUUUGAAUACUCUAAUUCUGAGCAAUGCUGGCCUUCUUUUGUCAACCGCACUCCUCGACUAAAGCUCAACACUUUAGAUUUUUCUGAUUUGUGGGAUGAAGAGGAUCUGGACCUGGGCAUUGUUGAUGAUGACCAUUUCCAAAGCAAUGUGCCGCCCAUGCAAAACUCAGGAUGCCAUUCAUAUCCUACAGCACCUCCACACGCACCACCACUGGCUCCUCCUCUUCCUCCUCCUCUUCUUCCUCCUUCUCCUCAGUUGAAUCCUCUGGGUUUGGGAUCAGCCCGUCGAACCCUGAGGCUCCACUGGAAAGAGUUGUUGAAUUUGCAGCCCCUGCCGAGAGUCAGCCGUUUUGGCUCGCAGUCCAUUUGGGCUGCUUUGGAGCCAGUCCAUCUGGACACCAACAGACUAGAAUAUCUGUUCGAAAGCAAGAGUAACAGUAAUAAGACUCUUUCUGCACUGAAGGGUGGAACACGGAAUCAGCUGUGCGUGUCUGUAUUGGGUGUGAAGCGGAGUAACAUCAUUACUAUAGCACUGAGCAGCCUGCCUCCUCCCCAUUUGCUCCCUCCAGCUAUCUACAGUAUGGACUCCAGUGUUCUGGACAGGGAGGAUGUACAGAGGAUUCAGUGUCUGGUCCCAACUGAAGAAGAGCUGAAAUUGAUUAAGGAGGCAAAAUCUCAGGCACCACACUGUCCUCUGGCCCUUGCUGAGCAAUGUCUCCUCACCAUGGGCAAUGUCACACACCUGAGCUCUAGGCUGCAACUUUGGGCAUUUGCACUAGACUACGACACACUGGAGAAGGAAAUUGCUGAGCCUCUCUUUCAUCUCAAGCUUGCAAUGGAGCAGCUGGCAACCAAUCAUACGUUCCACUGUAUACUUGCAACUGUACUCGCCAUUGGAAACUGUCUUAACGGCUGCAAGGCUCGGGGGUUUGAACUUAGCUACCUAGGGAAGCUCUCGCAUGUAAGGGACACACACAGUCGGCAGCCUCUUCUACACCACGUGUGUGUGUUACUCUUGCAGCUUUACCCACAAUCCUCGGACCUGUACUCUGACAUCACCGCCGUCACCCGGGCCAGUAAGUGUGAUUACUCGCAAGUCAAAUCCAGUCUCUCUGCUCUGGAGUCCCAUUGCAAAGCAUCAUGGGAGCAGCUGAAUGUGUUGAAUAAAGAAGGUGUGAAAAAAGGAACAGGGCGAGGAGAUGGGGUUGAGCAGAAGGGUAUUAGUGAGGCAUGCCUCUACCACAGACUGCCACAGUUCCUGAAGGAGUGCAAUGAAAGGCUAAAGGUGCUUAGAGCUGUGCAUCGGCGUGUCAUCAACAGAUUUCACUCAUUCCUCCUGUACCUGGGAUACUCACGUUCCAUGGUGCGGGAGACGAGCGCGGAUGCGUUCUGCAAAACUGUCAGCGAUUUUGCAUUAGAGUACAGAGCUGCUCGUCAUGCCAUUCUCCAGCAGAGAGAGAGGGAACGAGAACGGGAGGAGCGAGAGAAAGAAGAAAAAAUACGAAAAGUUUCCUCUUCUACAACCCAAGCUAUGCUUAAAGAAAGCCCGGCUCCGGAUUGCAUGGAGCAGUCAGUGCUAGAGGAGGUCCUGAACACACCUACAUCACCCUCUUGUUUUGACCUCCCACGUCAGCGCAGGAGAGGUUGCUUUCCACGAAGACUAAAGUGGUAAAAGAAACAGCUUAGGAUAUCUAAUCGACUGAACUUUAAACUUAAUACACAGCAGUUAAAACAAAGCUGUUGAGAAAUACAUGAAAUUGAACCAUUCAGUCAUUCGCAGUAAAGAUACUUUUUUUUUUUAUUAUUUCACUUCUAUGU